ACCACGUGUUACCGAGCAUCUUCAGUAUUAUUCCAUUUACUUGUGUGAUGCUUGCAAUAUGUGCCAUGAGUGUAACGCUAUUUGCUUUUGAUAACAUUAAGGCAAAAAUUCACGGUUAUUAAAUGUUUCGGAAAUAGAGCAAAUUGACAGUCUGUUUUGCAUAACGUUUUCUACGCUAUUAUGGGAUUAUUUAUCACUCAGUUUAUACAUCAGUGCUGUAAUGUAAUGUGUUUAUGUAACGUCCCAAGCAAAAAUUUACAUUCCAACAUAUUAAAUGGUCUUACCAGUAACUUACAGUAACAACAGUUCAGCUCACUGUUCCAGCUGAAUAUCCUAUUGGGAAGCCCACUGCUUUUCUUUUUCAACCGAGUGAAUACAAACUAACUGUCAGACUUGCCCCACUGGGUGACAGCUUGCACCAAAAUCCUAUUUUGGAGUAGGACAGUUCAGACCCAUUCAGACUGACUGAUGGCAGGUGGUGACUCUUCCCGCAGGUCCAUGUCUGUGACGCAGAUCACAUCCAGUUUGUUCCUGGGCAGUGCGGAGUCCGCCAUGGACCAGAUGUUGGUCUCACGGAAGCACAUCACGCUCAUCAUCAAUGCUACAGUGACACACACCUGCCCUGCAUACCGUGGUGUGGAGUGCAUCCGCAUUGCCGUUGCAGACCUCCCGCACGCCCGACUGGGGGACCACUUUGAGAGGGUCGCUGACCGUAUCCAUAACAACCGAGCAGGCGGCACACUUGUCCACUGUGCGGCUGGCAUGAGUCGCUCACCUGCCCUAGUCAUGGCCUAUUUAAUGAGAUACAGGGGGGUCACCCUGAGGCAGGCCCACCACUGGGUCCGUGACCGACGCCCCCAUAUCUGCCUCAACGCUGGCUUCUGGCGUCAGCUGCUGCAAUAUGAGAAACAGCUGUACGGCAAAAACAGCGUGAGGGUGGCCACUUCACCCCGGCUGCAGGAGGCCAAGAACCUGCAGGGCGGCGCUAGAGCCCACUUGUGGCGCUGAGUUAGCAGGGUUUACCCCUCAUGCCUGUU